GUUAAGGUUAGCAGGCUUUAAGACACUGGCUGGUCCAUGCUUUUGUUCUCAACAUCCUUGAUAUCAAUAUUGUCUUUGAUAUUGCCAUUGGAGUCUGAAACAGACGUCUUCCUUUUGUCUUUACUUUGUUUAUCGUCUCGGCGAACUCGGCUUCGAUAAGGACCGACAUCCAUCUCAAUACCUUUCCCAAGCCAAAACUUGCCCCUCUUGUUCGCCAUACCAUUACGACUGUACAUAUACAUCCCAGAAUGCCAGCACCAUCCAACCACAGGGGUGAUGUCGAACCCCCGGAGGAAAUCACCUGGGUAGCCGCCCAAGGCUUCAUGACCGGCGUGUUCCGGUUUGGCUCUGUGUCCAUCUUGGCUCAUAUGAUUCUUGCCAUGCCCCACCCCUUUGUCUUCUCCGCACCAAGUCCGCCCGCGUAUCCCGCGACACAACCCCGUCCACGCCCAUCAAUCUUCUCCCGCGACUAUCUCCGCUCACGACUCUUCCACCGUCCCCUGGAGGGUUUCUCAAGCUGGAUAUCGCCCGGUUCCCGUGUCUACCGCGGUCUGACGCCACAGUUCAAGGUCUUCCUACAAGUUGCGGCUAUGACUCUGGGUGGUUGUAUCUGGCAAGAGAAACGCGUGACGGAAUAUAUCGAGCUGGUGAGACGGAUCAAACGAACGGAGCGACUGGAGGCUGAAAGGGCGGAGGGGAAUCGUCGAUAAUGAAGAGCUUCAAGAGAUAAUCGCCCACUGGUUUUGAACGAUGUGAGCUUGGAACUUAAACUUUCCGCCACCGGACGCAAUAUAUCCGCCGCAUCGUCGGAACACCGGAUGGGUUGAGUCUCAUUUCUCAGUAAUUUCCCAUUCCUGCAAGGCGCAGAGUUGAGGCGAAUAAUUUGUAGCUGUCCCUGUCAACUGCUGAUCCCGAAUGAAACUUCGUCACCGAUGACGCCAGGUUCCUGGGGAUAUCCCCCCUGAUUGCCAUGCUGAUCUAUUAUGAUCUCCUUUUCGCGUGGGCCCAAGACAUCAACCCCUACGAAAGCAGCAUCCUGGAGUGCCGUAAACGCCGAUCAUCCUUUGGGGGUGGAUCCUAGGAUUGGACCUAUGAUGCUCUGUUGUCAAUUUGGAGUGUAGAUCGUAUACAGGAGAUUAACGAUGUAUGGAUACAUCGUAUGUAUGAAGUUGCUUCUAAGGUUGUUC